CGUCGGCGGGUGCUGAUUGGAGGAAAAAAGGCAAAAAUAAGGUACGUGUGCAGCUUCAUACCAAACCGGUACUCGGCCGCGGACUCUUGCCUUACCGGCGGUAGGAUGAGCUCGCAUUGUAGCUGCACAAUCGAACCCGAGCCGUCCAAGAAUACUCAGGACGCGGCUGUGGUGAGAAGAGACGGAGUCCUGACCGCUUUCCUCCGCCGCCUUUCGCAGUCUUGGCCGGUCAGAUUCACGAUGCGUGCCCUGAAUGGAUUCUGGUGGCUUCUUGGAUUGUCUCGGCCUGAGAUCAGCCAUGCCUCCCCCGUGCAGCCUGGGUCCCCUCCGGCCCGUCAAUGUCGUACCGGCAGGAAGCGCCUGCGCAGGAUAACUCGCCUCUUCUUGGCCGUCUUACCUCGUCGUGUGCAGAGUCUUCUGGGUUACCCUGUCUGCACCAGCAUUGGUUGCUCUGUGUCACCAGAUGUCCGCUGCUCCCCCACCAAGCCCUGUGGGAAGGGUAGCAAACGAAAACAGGACGACGUGGAUGAAGACGAUGAGCAGCCGUCCUGGGUGGAGGCUUUGACUGAGGAGCUGGCUGAUGAAGACUGCCAUGAGGAUCCGGAUUAUGAGCCCAGCACCUUGGAGACGGACAGUGAAGAGUAUCGCACUCAUAAUGACACGGAGAGUGACAUUGAAAUCGAGAAGGUCGGCAACAUCACCAGGAUCAAAGAUCUGACGGUAUAACGGGGAUGUCCUUCCCAAGCCUUAGUGGACACUGGUUGCCUGAUCAGGUGUUAUGGACUUCUGCUUCGAAACUUCCCUGAGAAUGUUCUCUUAAUGUUUUUUUGUAUGUAAUUUUGUGUGUCCAAUUUAACAAUAAAUUCAUAUUCUAACUUUAAA